AUGAAUAAAGUAGAGAGAAGUAGGGAAGUGCCAGCAGAAAAGCGAGCGAAUUUAGGGGAAAAGUUGAGGCGGGUGGGGAAAAGGGGCGGACAGCAAACCCCAGUGGCCUCUUUUUGGAGACCGCUAGAGUUGGAGCUUUUGGCGUCGGCUGACAAAUUUCAACAAGAUUGUGGCACCAAAAGAGAUUAUUACACUAAGGACUCCCCUUUUCAGGCUCCCCCUGUUUCUGCAAGAAAACUUGCCGCCGCACUCUGGGAGCUCCAUCAUUACAAGAGGUUUCUUGCUAAAAUGCACCACGGCGGGGGUGGGCGGGUCCGCCGCCUCAACUACCACCAGCAGCCGGAUUGUCAGGACAAGGGCGGCGUUGAUCGGCCGCUCGAUCCUUCGCCUAGUUCGCCGGACCUGCCUGGAAGUUCUAGCAGUUUGAGGCGGCACGUGGUUGCAACACUAAUGCAGCAUCAUAGGACAGGCGAGAGUGGAAUUCAUGCUAUACAACCUGUGUCACCUGCUAGUUAUGGUAGUUCUAUGGAGAUUGCUGCUUAUAACCCAGCAGUCACCCCCACAAGCUCAAUCGAGCUAAAAGCCCGAACUGGGGACACAAGCUACAGCCUACGAACAUCCACCGAGCUUCUCAAAGUGCUAAACCGCAUCUGGACACUGGAAGAACAACAUGUGUCCAACAUAUCCCUCGUCAAGGCCCUAAAGAAAGAACUGGUCCACGCCCGAUCCCAAUUCAAAGCACUCGUUCAGGAACAACAAGCAGAUCGGCACGAAAUGGACGAGCUCAUGAAACAAAUCGCACAAGACAAAUUGAUUCGGAAAAACAAGGAGCAGGAGAGGAUCAACAUGGCUGUCCAGUCCUUGAGAGAUGAAUUAGAAGACGAAAAGAAAUUGAGAAAAAGAUCCGAAACCCUCCACAGAAAGUUAGCCAGAGAGCUUCAUGAGGUCAAAAUGACUUUGGGCAAAGUGUCUAAAGAGCUUGAGGAUGAGAAGAGCACACGUGGGGUGCUGGAAAGCCUCUGUGAUGAGUUUGCUUUCGGAAUUAGAGAUUAUGAAAAGGAAUUGCAUGCGCUUAGGCAGAAAACAGAUGGUGAUUGGGUGGAAAGAGCGGAUCGUGACCAGCUGAUUCUGCAUGUUUCUGAAUCUUGGCUUGACGAGCGCAUGCAGGCAGAAAUGCAAACAGGCGGUGAUUUUAAGUCGGUUGUCGAAAAACUGAGACCCGAAAUCGAAACUUUUUUAAAUGCAAAGAAAAGAAAAGACGGCGGUACUACUAAUCUUAUCACAGCUUUAAGAAGAAGCUCUCUUGAGUCGAUACCUCUUAAUACUAUCGUUAGUGCUCCUCGUGAGGAUGAGGAUGAAGAGAAUGGGUCCAUGAGUGGUGACUCUAACUGUUUUGAACUCGAGAAAACGAGCGAGCAACAAAAUAUUCAAGGAAAGAAGAAAAUCGGGCUGCCCGAGCAGGCUGGAGGGUCGAGAUUUGAAGAGCAGAUGGCCCAAGCCAUUGAAAAUAGCACGGUUGCAGGCCGGGCUGUGGUUUCGGAGAGUGAACGGGCUAGCGGGCCUGAAAAGGGCAAACUGGUUAAGGAAAAUAGUGCGGAGAGGACAGGUGGCAGGGUGAAGUCGAACUAUGUGAUCGAAAACUUGAUACGGAACCACUAUUUGUUGCCUGAUAAGAAGAAUGAUGGGGAGGUGUGGAGGGGCCAGCCGAGCCCCGUGCGGCAGUGGGGAGAGAAGCUGCCAUCUGGUGAUGAAGUUGAGAGCAAUGGUGUGGGGCUAUCUUUGAAGCAGGGGAGUUUGAAGGCGAAGCUAUUUGAAGCUCGAGCGAGGGGUCAGCAAAGGUCACGGUCGAGCGCAAAAUCGGCUGUUGCUUCUCGAAAAUAA